AUGUCGGCCCCCCGGGCCCCGGCUGCUCCCGGGCCCGCGCCGAUCCCCCCGCGCUCCCUCACGGCUCCCGGGGGCGGUGUCACGUGUCCGCCCGCCGCGCUCCUUCCGGCCGCCAUUUUAGGUUGGGUCGGUGGCGGCGCCAUUAAAAACAGGGAGCGAGAGGAGGAGGGAUCGGCGGGAUCGGCGCGCUCGGCCGGGGCCGCCAGCGGGGCCGGGGCCUCGGCGGGGAGGCGGCGGCACCGGAGGUGGCCGGUGCGGGGCGGCGGCGGCGCCAUGUCGGAUCAGCAGUUCGCUCUGGACUCGGCGGCGGUAGCGGCUGGCGCCGGGGGCAGCGCGGCGGAGCCGGCGGAGCAGCCUGAGGGGCAGGCGGGGGCGGGGAGCACCGAUGGGGGAGGCGGCGGCGGCGGCGGGGUCGAGUCGGAGGGAGCCAAGAUCGACGCCAGCAAGAACGAGGAGGACGAGGGGAAAAUGUUCAUUGGUGGCCUUAGCUGGGACACCACGAAGAAGGAUCUGAAGGACUACUUCUCCAAGUUUGGUGAAGUUGUGGACUGCACUCUCAAGUUGGACCCCAUCACUGGGAGAUCGAGAGGCUUUGGCUUUGUGCUCUUCAAAGAGUCGGAGAGCGUGGAUAAGGUCAUGGACCAGAAAGAACACAAGCUGAAUGGAAAGGUCAUUGAUCCAAAAAGAGCUAAAGCCAUGAAAACAAAAGAACCUGUUAAAAAGAUUUUUGUUGGGGGCUUAUCUCCAGACACACCUGAGGAGAAAAUCCGGGAAUACUUUGGAGCUUUUGGUGAGGUCGAAUCCAUAGAGCUCCCCAUGGACAACAAAACUAACAAGAGGCGUGGAUUUUGCUUCAUUACUUUCAAGGAGGAGGAACCAGUGAAGAAAAUAAUGGAGAAGAAAUACCACAAUGUUGGGCUUAGUAAAUGUGAAAUAAAAGUAGCCAUGUCAAAGGAACAGUACCAGCAGCAGCAGCAGUGGGGAAGUCGGGGAGGAUUUGUUGGAAGAGCUCGAGGGAGAGGUGGAGGCCCCAGUCAAAGCUGGAACCAGGGAUACAGCAACUACUGGAAUCAGGGGUAUGGGAACUAUGGUUACAACAGCCAAGGCUAUGGUGGUUAUGGAGGCUACGACUACACUGGUUACAACAACUACUAUGGAUAUGGCGACUAUAGCAAUCAGCAGAGUGGUUAUGGGAAAGUAUCUCGGCGAGGUGGUCAUCAAAAUAGCUACAAACCAUACUAAAUUAUUCCAUUUGCAACUUACCCCAAACAGCGGGAACUUCCUUGCAGGCCCUGUGUCGCGCUGACUUCACGAUUCUCACAGGCCCGCUCAAUGCGGACAGGGUACGAGAUGCUCACGCUCUCGAAUGCUGCCGUUUGGUAUGGUCUCUUCCAACAUCCUGUAUCAGCAUUAUAAAAUAAAAUGGAUACUUCAAGCUUUGCCUUCACUUAUUUCUUUGCUUUUAAAACUAUUUGUAAUGUAAUUUAAUGCAUUUUUUACAGGCCCAGUAAUGGUUAAAUACGUCAGCUUACUGAAUAAUUUUAACUUUGUUCUUCUAAGGAUACAGCUUGUCUCUGGAUUUUCCAGUCUUAAUUUUAUAUUUUAUUAAUCUAUUUUAAUGCUUGCUUUUCCCAUUUAUAGACAUUGUAGCAGUAAUUGCAAGAAGUUCUUGAGCUGAAUUCCUGUUGUGUCGACUUCUCCUUAGCUUCCGAAUACAAUCCUACUAUAGUAAUUAAUGUAACUUUUUCUUUUGGUUGUAUUUUCUUAACUUAACAGAUUAAGCUAAUGACACUCUAGAGUGGGUCGGCACAAAUCUUAAAUGCGACUUUUGGGCCCAGAAGGUCCAUCCACCGAAAUAGUUUUGGUGGUGGUUAUGGGUAUUGUAGAUGUUUAUAACAUCUAAGACUAGAAGCAUUUCCGAAGUAAAUUCGCAUACAAUGAAAAGCUUGUCUUAAACAUUGGUGCACAUGUGGAUUUCCAGCUCAUGGACUCUUCUGUUCAGCUUUAAUUUUAAAAAGCAUAUAUUUACAUGAUUAAUGUUGAUAUACCAUAUUUACAUAGAGUGGGAAAUAGGGGUAUCUAAAAUGCAGUUGUCUGUUAAUAAAAAAAAACCAACAAAAACUUUUCUGGUUGCUGUCAGUUUUCACAGAAUGACUUCUUUCUCUUUUCUUUUUCCUAGGUGGAGACGCAGUAUUUUCUCAUUCGAAGAUUCAUUUGAGGUGGCACAUGCUACCUGCUAAUAGCAGUUGAAACUAAUUUUUGUAUCAAGUCCAUGAAUUGGAAGUAAGACGUUGGGUCCCUCUGAAGUUUAAUUGAGUUUUCAUUAAGAAAAAAUUGCUUUCAUGGUCUUAUUUCUUAAUUGCUAUGCUUAAGAAUCAAUUUGUUUUAUGCCCCUUCCUCAGUAUUGUAGCUCAAGUCUUGUGUUCCAAAGCCCAGUGUGACAGUGUCAUGAUGUAGUAGUGUCUUACUGGUUUUUUAAUAAAUCUUUUUGUAUAA